AUGCCGACGGAAUCAUUACCUAACACUUGUUUAUCUUGCACCUACGAGGCACAAGCGGAGCAAACUCGGACUGUGUACGAGAGUUGCAGCAUUGCAAACGGAAAGGCCUGUACAGUUUGUGUCCAAUAUUCCGACCUAGAGUCGCAGAUCCAGGAGACAAAACGAAUCCUCGAAAAGCAGCUAGAGAAACUUAGAGAACUCCGGGAGGCGAUGAACUGGUCCCACGAUCGAAUUGUCUCAAAGUCUCUUACAGAGAUUACAUCCAUCAUCUUUCAACACACACUUCCCACUCUUCGUAGAGACACAAAUGGAUCGGAAAUUGACGUGUGGAAAUUUAUAGACAAGAAAGAUCUGUGUUGGCCUUUGAAAUUGGGGGCGGUAUCGCGUGCAUGGCGCCAGAUUGCAUGGUCCACGCCCCAACUAUGGACGUUUGUCUGCCAGAAGAUAACCUUCUCAAAAGCAAGUACCCCCGAGCUCAUGGAAGAUUGGCUUAGCAGGGCAGGCAAUCUGCCCCUCUCGAUUUGGCUGCACAUUUCAGCAUAUGAUGAAACAUACCUAAACUUGGAGAAGGUUGUUAACCUUGUAAAUGCAAAGUCACAUCGAUGGUAUGAGUUUGGCAUCUAUGGGCCAUCCCAAUCCUUUCAAUUGUUUUCUGGCAAUUCCAGUGGUGCACCUAUACUUCACACUUUGGAGCUCCAUUCGAAUUCAAGCAAUGAAAACGAUGGAUUCUUUCGAGUAAAUGGACAGGACCCUCGGCCUCUACACGUAUCUAUCCAUACAUUCCACGAAAACAUCACUGCUCGCAUCGAUUGGGAAAACAUCACCCGACUAAAAAUCUCUUCCAACCAUGUGCAACAAUGUCUCGAACUUGUACGAUAUACACCAAACCUGGAACACUGGUGUCUUGCUAAUAUCUUUACAACCCUUGUAAGGCUGAUACCCAUCACUCUCAGCAAACUCCGAACCUUAGAGAUUUUUAAUGUUCUCGGAGUGCGAGCCUUACUCCAAACACUAGUUCUACCUGGCCUUACAGCACUGCACUUUGACAACAUGCACAGUGACGACGAUAUUCACCGUGGAAUUCUUUGCUUGCACCCAAGUUCUGUGCUGAAGUCCCUAUCAUUUCAAUGGCAUGGAAAUACCGAAAGACUUAUCGAAAUUCUAAGACAUUUUCCGCACCUCGAAGAACUGGAAGUAGCACUGUAUAGUGCCGGUUCAAAUGACACAAACCUGUUCUUCUCCCUACUUAGUGACACAAAAACCGGUACGGGAGCCGGAACUAUUCAGGCUGAAGUAUUUCUUCCGAGCCUCAAAUCACUAUCAUAUAGAGAUUAUGACGCCUCCACUGUUAAUUGGGCCUCACUUUCCACUCUAUCGACGAAGAGGCGACCUUUGAGAAAAUUAACCGCUGAUCAACGACAUUAUUGGGAUGAUGAAGCAAGGUCUAUAUUUUGUGGCAGGACAGUGGAAAAGCACGUCCUCCAACGUUUUCUGAAGCUUGAGGAAGCAGGAGUCUGCCUCAAUUUGCCUAUUCCAGUUCGAAGGAAUGACCUUUUGGACCUUCUGGCUCGCAGUGACGACGAUAACAACAAAUGA